UGUCGCCGCCACCAGCCACCAUGCAACUCGGACGAUAUUGUCUGGAGCAUGCUGGGGAACAGGCAGUUCUGCUCCUACAAGAUGACCACCAAAACCCAGAACUUCUGUCGCAACGAGUACAACCUGACGGGGCUGUGCAACCGCUCGUCCUGCCCGCUGGCCAACAGCCAGUACGCCACCAUCCGCGAGGAGAAAGGUCGGUGUUACCUGUACAUGAAGACGAUCGAGCGGGCGGCGUUUCCCCGGCGCCUCUGGGAGCGGGUCCUGCUACACAAGAACUACGAGAAGGCUCUGGAGCAGAUCGACGAGAACCUCAUCUACUGGCCGCGGUUCAUCCGGCACAAGUGCAAGCAGAGGUUCACCAAGAUCACGCAGUACCUGAUCCGCAUCCGCAAGCUGACCCUCAAGAGGCAGAGGAAGCUCGUCCCGCUGCGCAGGAAGAUCGAGAGGCGGGAGAAGAGGCGAGAGGAAAAAGCCCUGAUUGCUGCUCAGCUGGAUAAUGCCAUUGAGAAGGAACUGCUGGAGAGACUGAAGCAGGACACAUAUGGAGAUAUUUACAACUUCCCCAUCCAUGCCUUUGACAAAGCCCUACAACAGCAAGGGGCAGAGAGCGAGAGUGAGUCGGAGGCAGAGCAGGAAGAGGAGGAGGAGGAGGAGGGUGUGGGUACAAGGGAGUUUGUGGAAGCAGAGGAGAGCGAGCUCAGUGACUUUGAGGACAUGGAUAAGCUGGAGACAAGUAGUGAAGAGGAGCAGGAAGAGGAGGAAGAAGUAGAGAAGAAAGCCUCUCACUCCAAAUCUAAAGGGAAAACGCCCCUGAAAGGACCAGCCAGGAGAAAACGUCCCUACAUUGAAAUAGAGUAUGAAGAAGAAACAGAGCCAACCACCAAAACAAAAGCAGCCUGAGGCCUCCCUGAUCCCAUUUGGUACUGACUGACAGGACUCCAGAUCUGUCACCAGCUUUCACCACUGUGCAAGACCUUCAAUAACUCCUUGUUUUAUACUCCAGAUGAAAAAUUUUCUCUAAGAAAAGCAGGGUUUCUGUCCCAACCCCAGGCAAGGGCAGCAAGUUUGUACAACUGGAUGAAGCACAGCUGUAAGGAAGAAGAUCCCACACCUUCUCUACAGCCACAAAAAGCUCAGCUUGGACUGUGCUCCAUGACAGGACCUGGCCUGGGGGGCACUGCUGCUUUGGGCCGUGGCUGGAGAAGCCACACGUGGCCCAGGGAGCACACACGUGUAUUUUGGGGGACAUGGCAGGUAUGGGGCCAACAGGUGGGACAAGACAGGCAGUAACUUUAAAUAAAUAAACCAGUUUUACUGUACAAAA